AUGAAUGACGGGCCGGCCAUUGAUUUGGCUAUUCACUUGGAAAGCAACGACUUCAGCCGGGCACGUAGCGCCGCCCUGCGACUGCUUUCUGCGAGGUCACGCUCGGUGGCCGAAAUGCGAGAACGGCUUGGCAAGAAGUUCGCCUCGGAGGCCGUGGAGCAAACCGUCGCGCUCCUGACUGCCGAAGGGUUGUUGAACGACGCUGCAUUCGCCCAGCAGUGGCGGCAGAGCCGGGAAAGGCGGAAGCCCCGCAGCUCCAGAAUGAUCGAGCACGAACUGAAGCAACUCGGCAUAGCCGACGACAUCAUCGACGGGGCCCCCUCGAGGACUACGACUCUCUGGAUGCGGCUUACCGGUCAGUCUCCAAGUACGCAGGACGCCAAGCAGACAACGACCGCACUACUUUCGACCGUCGGGUGA